AUGGCUACCGUAGAUUCAGUGUCAGUGUUCGCAGAAGGGACAUUGGAAGAACAGAUACAAGAGCUAGUGGAUUAUGCCACCCGAAGUAGCCCAGAGGAUGAACGUGCUACUGCGUUGCAAUCUUUUCGAGAUAUCAUUAAGUUAAAAGAACCAGUUGAAAAUGAUCAGGAAAGAAGACGGAAUGCAUUGAACUUUGUGCUGGAUCGGACUGGAGGCUUGGGCGAUGGAUCAGAACAAGAAAUCGAGGGUUACUUCAACCUUCUCUUCUCUCACCUUCUGACACUAUGGCCGACCAACUCACCAGAAGUCAGACAUCACGUCUCCUCGCUCCUGGGUGUUCUUGCUUCAUCACCUUCCGAGCAUCCAUCAGUGAGGUACCGCGUAUUGUCGAAUUUGUUCAAUACCACUCCUCGUAAUUCAGCUCUCCGACUACCUAUUUACACCGCGUUACUACAGCUCGCCGCCGUAAAUGGAGAACUCGAGACCUUGCGUCUAUCCAGAAAAGAUGUCGAGCAGUGGCUACAAGAAUGGGAUAUCUCUAGGGAAGAGCGCAGUCAGUUCCUGAAGGCCAUUGUUGAUGCAUUCAUACAAUCUGGCCAGCCGGAGACCGCUUAUCAUUACACGCUUUCCUACGUUCCUUCAUUACCAUCCCCUUCGCCUGAAGGUCAAUCUGCAGCUAUCGAUGCCAUAGCCUUAGCACUGCGCUUGCCCUCCCUGUUCGACUUUGAUCCAUUGUUCAAGUUGGACGCCGUUGUUUCAGCACAAGAUCAUGAGCUUUUCUCGCUUCUGCAGGUGUUUUUGAACAGUGGCCUACCAGAAUUCCGUUCAUGGCUCGAAAGCCAUCCUGCUGUUCUCGAAAAAUAUGGACUCGACCAAGCACAGCUCGAGAGGAAGAUCCGUCUUCUGUCAUUUGCAUCACUGGGUUUUGCACACGUCGGGCAUGACCUGCUAUAUUCAGAGGUCGCAUCGGUCCUGCAGAUUGAAUUGAGUCAAGUAGAGAAGUGGGCGAUUGAUGUGAUCCGUACCGGUCUUCUUUCGGGAAAGCUCUCGCAGACGACUCAAUCUCUACGCAUCUACCGCUCGUCAGCGCGCACGUUUGAGCGAGAGCAAUGGGAGGCAUUGGAAAAGCGUCUUGUUGCGUGGAAGGCGGGCCUAGCGAGCGUGCUGGAGGUUGUUACUAGUGCACAAAAGCGCGGCAACGGUUCGGCUGUGAGUGAAGUCGUGCAGCAAGUCACGCAAGCGGGUGAGAGCGUUCAGGUUGAUGCCGCGUAG